AUGGAGUGUCGUGAAAAGAUAGGACUGUUUGCCCUUUGUCAUUCAAAGAAGGAAGUCUCAGAGAUGGGAACAGCACUGAGUCGCCAGAGAGAAUCCUCAAGCCCUGAAAAGUAUAACGAGUCUUUUGACGGCAUUGACGCAGUGCCACCUGCUAAUCAGGUUCCUAUUAUUCGAGAUGAGAGCUACUGGGUGUCAGAGACGAUAAAAGUAGAAGAAAAUCGGUUGUACGGUCUUUUCGGAACACUGACUUCAGAAGAAGUUGAUAGACUUCGAUUGCUUCAGCGGGAAAUAGAUCAACUAAAAGAUUGGAUAUAA